AUGGACUCUAGCCACUAUUACUGCCUUCGCGAGCCAGCGCAUGAGAUACGGCUGCUCGAUCUUCUUCCGGCAACUGCUUCAGGGGGCCUCAGUGGCCGUGUACGAAGAUUCAGCAUAGCCAGUGCGCCUGCAUUCGUCUCCGUUUCGCAUGUCUGGGGAGACAAGAAAGCAGACCGGGCUAUGUCCCUUGAGUCAGGCUGUGGAGUCAAGAACCUACCUAUUUCUCUCAAUCUGGAAUCCUUUCUCGUCAACAUGCUCUGCCAUAUACCUGAAACCUUGCCGCAAAUCUUUGAAGGCAAUGAGAGGUUGCCGAUGUGGAUUGACAUGAUCUGCAUCGAUCAGCUGGAUAAUAAUGAGAAGGCGUUGCAGAUUCCGCUGAUGCGGGAUAUCUACUCAAAAGCGAGGUCCGUGGUCGUCUGGAUCCAUGAAUACGACAGCUAUUUGCGCUAUGCAUUCCAGUAUUUGCGUCGACUCAGUUCACAUCACACAGACAACGAGAUCCCGUUUGAUCCUAUGGGCUGGGAUGCAAUUCAACGCCUGCUUGGUUGCGAGUGGUUUCAUCGACGAUGGGUGAUUCAGGAAUCCGUGCUCCCAAAGACCGCCAUCUUUCUCUGCGGGUCGGACUCAAUCUCCAUGGAUGAUGUGUUCCGGGGCGUCGACAUGGCUGUUAAGUCGUUACUUGCACGGCCACGGCCAAUAAAAAAGCUCAAGCGUGGAAACACGGGCGAAGUACGGCCUGUGAGAGUGUUGAGAGAGCUCAGGCAGGCAUUAGAAACAGAUCAGAAUCAGUUUGGUCUUUUCUGGCUGAUGGAGCAUCUCCGUUUCACCCGAGCAACUUUUGCCCACGAUCAGGUCUAUUCGUUACUGGGUGUUUGCAACCCCCGGGAGGCUGAUGCAACUUCAGUUCGGUACGAUCUCGAGCCCGAGGAGGUCUACAAGCGUUCAGCUAUCUUACAUGCAGAUAUCCAUUGUAAUUUGGAGUUUCUUGGCCUCUGUGCUCCUGAGCAACGCGAUAACAUCUGCUCUGGAUCACCUGGAAACCCAGUCUUGCGUCCUUUCGCAGGCCCUUCUUGGGUGCCCAACUGGCACUCACAGAGGCUGAGGCGUUGCUUGGGUCUCAGCCAUAUCGGCCAUGAGGAGAGCUUUUUUAAUGCCUCUGAAGCAGUUCCUUUCAAACCUCUCUUUGAGGGAGAUCAGCUGACGGUCUCGGGAGUCUUGAUUGAUAGGAUCAGUUCAAUAGCUGAUUUCUGUCCUCGCGAUAGAGCCUCUGACUUCUCAAAUGCCAACUCAAAACUGUACCAACAGUAUCUAGAUUUCUGGAUGACUCCAGUGGAGGAACCUGCACCGUAUGCAGAUGCCGUCAGUCGAGCAGAAGCCUUCAUCCGAACUUUGAGUCUAGAUGGGAUUUACCUGGAGCCCGUCCCCUCGCCUGACGACAUUCCAACAAUUUUCUACAACUGGUGCAGUGGCUCAGCAUUGUGUAAGCGGCUUGAAGCGUACGGGUUCAAGCUCAAAAGCAGUGGCAUAGGGCCCGGACAAAAGGCGUUUAUCAGAAUGAAGCGCCUGGUAUCUUGGGAUCCGUUCAUCACUUCCAAUGGUUACAUGGGCCUUGGUCGAGAGGGUGCUGCGAUUGGUGAUGAAAUUUGGCUCAUUGGGGGCUGUAGUACCCCUCUUUUACUGUCUCCUAGCACGGAUGGUACGCUCCAAUAUGGAGUGAAAGGGGAGGUUUUCCUUGAUGGGUUCAUGUUUAAAGGGCAAUUCGCGGAAUCAAGCCACCAGAACUCGAAAAUUGAGCGAAUCGUGCUGGUAUAG